CUGUACUCUUCCAGCAAAUAUCGAGAAACCCCGUCAGGGGAAGUGAUUCAGUGACCGGGGAAUGCCUCUGCGUUGCCGCCGCUGCCUCCUCCUCUUUGCACAGUUUCUGUCCGGGUGUGAGCUCUGAUGGAGUGAGAGUGUGUGUGUGUGUGUGUGUUUGUGUGUGGGAGUCUCGGUCCUUCAAGCUGCCUUGGAGUCUGGGUGGGAGUGGGUGUAGAGCAGGAUCAAGAGAGAAGCCCCCUGAGGUCUUCUGUGCCUGCAAAUUCCCUGCCUGCCCCUGCUUCUUACUGGCUGGACUGAUAAAAGAGAUGUCGACCUACAAGAGGGCCACCCUGGAAGAGGAGGACCUGGUAGACUCCAUGGAGGGAGAAGUCUACCCCAAUGGGAUCCAGGUGAAUUUUCGGGGGCCAGGGGCUGGCAAGGGCUGCUGGACCGAGCGGACACAUGCCAAGAAGCGCCUCCUGGCUCUGACAGCGGCCCUCUUGGUCAGCCUCCUGGCCUGCAUCCUCGCCCUGCUGCUCCAGUACCGAACGAAGCCGUGUCUGACGGAAUCGUGCAUCUUGGUGACCAGCUCCAUCCUGAGCUCGCUGGACCGGACGGUGGACCCCUGUGAGGACUUCUUCAGCUACGCCUGCGGUGGCUGGAUCAAGACCAACCCCAUCCCUGACGGACACUCCCGCUGGGGGACCUUCAACAAACUCUGGGAGCACAACCAGGCGAUCCUCAAGCACCUUCUGGAGAACACCACAGCCAGAGUGUCAAGCGAGGCUGAACGUAAAGUGCAGCGCUACUACCAGUCCUGCAUGAAUGAGACGAAGAUCGAGGAGCUGCAGGCUGCCCCGCUGAUGGAGCGAAUCAAGAGGCUUGGUGGCUGGAAUAUCAGCAGACCCUGGGAGAGGGAGGCGGAGACCUUCAACCAGACCCUGCUCGAGCUGACUGCCCAACAUCACAUUGCCCCUUUCUUCUCCAUCUACGUCAACGCCGACUCCAAGAAUUCCAACAGCAACGUCAUCCAGGUUGACCAGACAGGACUGAUGCUGCCUUCCAGAGAUUACUAUCUCAACAAAACGCAGAAUGAGAAGGUGCUUGCAGGGUAUCUGAACUACAUGGUCCAGCUGGGCAUGCUCCUCGGAGGGCAGGAUGAGGCCAGUACCCAGCGGCAGAUGGAGGAGAUCCUGGACUUUGAGACCACUCUGGCCAACAUCACCAUCCCCCAGGAGAAGCGGCGUGAUGAGGAGCUGAUCUACCACAAAAUACCCGCCGGGGAGCUUAAGAACCUGGCUCCUGCCGUUGACUGGAUGCCCCUCCUCAACGGUGUCUUCUACCCGGUGGAGAUCAAUGAGUCGGAGCCGGUAGUGGUCUAUGCUAAAGAAUACCUUGAGCAAGUCUCCUACCUCAUCCUCAACACUGACAAGCGCAUCUUGCACAAUUACAUGAUCUGGCAUCUGGUAAGAAAAGGAGCAGGUUUUCUGGACCAGCGCUUUCAAGACGCAGAGGAGAAGUUCAUGGAGGUCAUGUACGGGUCAAAGAAGACCUGCUUGCCCCGCUGGAAAUACUGCAUCAGUGACACGGACAACAACCUGGGCUUUGCCCUUGCCGCCAUGUUCGUCAAAGCCUCCUUCGCUGAAGACAGCAAGGCCAUAGCCGAGGAAAUGAUUAAGGAGAUCAAGAUGGCGUUCGAAGAGAGCUUGGCGAACCUUCAAUGGAUGGAUGAAGAGACAAGAAGAUCUGCGAAAGAGAAGGCUGAUGCCAUCUAUGACAUGAUCGGCUACCCGAAGUUCAUCAUGGACCCCAAAGAGCUGGACAAAGUGUUCAAGGAUUACGACGCCGUGCCCGACCUCUACUACGAGAAUGUCAUGCAGUUCUUCAACUUCUCUGCCCGAGUCGCAGCUGAGCAGCUCCGGAAGCCUUCAAACCGUGACCAGUGGAACAUGACACCUCCGACGGUGAACGCUUAUUACUCCCCCACCAAGAAUGAAAUCGUCUUCCCGGCUGGGAUUCUGCAGGCUCCUUUCUACACCCGGAGUUCCCCCAAGGCACUCAACUUUGGUGGGAUUGGCGUUGUGGUGGGCCACGAAUUGACUCAUGCCUUUGAUGAUCAAGGCCGGGAGUAUGACAAAGAUGGCAACCUCCGUCCCUGGUGGAAGAAUUCGUCCGUGGAGGCCUUUAAGCAGCAGACCGAAUGCAUGGUGGAACAAUAUGGCAACUACACAGUCAAUGGCGAAGCCAUCAACGGCAAGCACACGCUGGGGGAGAACAUUGCUGACAACGGGGGGCUCAAAGCUGCCUACCGGGCCUAUCAGAACUGGUUGAGAAAAAAUGGAGUUGAGAAGACCUUGCCAACGCUUGGCCUCACCAAUUACCAGCUCUUCUUCGUGGGAUUUGCCCAGGUCUGGUGUUCUGUCCGUACCCCAGAGAGCUCGCACGAAGGACUGGUCACUGAUUCUCACAGCCCAUCCCGCUUCCGGGUCAUUGGGACCCUCUCCAAUUCCAGGGAGUUCUCUGAGCACUUCCAGUGUCGACCAGGCUCUCCUAUGAAUCCACUGCGGAAGUGUGAAGUCUGGUGAAUGUUUCUGAAAACCAAGGCGGAAAGGACCUGGGGGAAUUGGAGGGCAGCCCAAAACCAAGAGAAGGUUGCUUUAGCCUUCCUCCAUUUCAGGGGCGAACUGUGAUCCUGGGACUAUCGAGGAGUCAUUUUUAUUGUUCUGCCUUGGCUGGGAAGGCUUACCCCCACACACACUGGGGGUUCUCGCUUCAAAGCACGACCCAGUUGGACCCACUGUGAAGAAGUCUCCUUUGUGACUCUUGAACUGACGGAGUUGGCUGUCUUCUUUGAAUCUCACCCUGCUGAGGGUGCAGAGUCAUGCUCCUGUCUGUGUUUCAAAUGCACUGACUGAUUUUUGUAUGUGUGUGUGCUUUUUCUACAUGCAGGGAAAACGGGCUCUUACCCAGCACAGGCUUGAAAGCUCUUAUGUCAUAAUUUUUUUUUUCCAAAAGGGAGAACCACCAAAAAAUAAAUAAAUAAGAGAACCUGUUUUGGUCGCAUCUAACAAACGCCAGCCUCUCCAUAGACAGACAUACACAUGUGCAUGCAUAUAUAUAUAUAUAUAUAUAUAUAUAUGCACAUGCAUAAAUGUCUGUGGGCACACGUACACGUGAUGAAACUUAUGAUAUUUUGGGGGAAAUUAUUUUUUUAAUCCUGCAGAACACUGGAAAUUUCAGGGAAAAUGUACUCAAGUUUUUAUAUAAAGUGAACAGAUUGGUAUAUUUA